AUGCGCAAGCGCAUACACGUCUUUUUCGCGUUGCUCGCGGUCUGUGAAUCGGCGAGAAUUUUCGCCAUAUACCCAGUGCCAUGCUUCAGCCACCAGCUCGCGUUCCGUCCUCUAACCAUGGACUUAAUAAAUCGUGGACACCAGGUGACUGUGGUGACACCAUUCCCCAUUUUCCCAGACGGCGGGGCGCCGGCGAAUCUAACAGAAAUCAGCAUACAAAAGCUCGUCCAAGACAUGACGAAAAAAGCGCUGGUGGAAGAUAUGAAGGACGCUAAAGAUCUUCUGACGCAGCAGAAAAUCGCCUUCGAUGUAGGUAGGGAGAUCUUCGACGUGCUGUUCCACGAAUUGAGGGAUUUCCUUAGCAGCGGACAGAAGUUUGACCUGAUCCUGGCAGAAGCUUGCGCGCGCAUGGGCGUUCUGUUCUCUCAUAUCUUCAAAGCACCAGUUGUUCAGAUCAGCUCGUUCGGUGGCACCUUCGACGCGUUCAGUAUAGUCGGAGCCCCGAUACAUCCCCUGCUGUAUCCGAUAGCGAAUCGGGAGAGGUUCAAGAAUCUGACUUGGUUAGACAAAAUUAUGGAGACGUACAGACAUUACAGAUUGAUCAAAUUGUAUUAUGAUGGGGAGGAAUCGGAGAACGAGGUCGCGAGGAAGCAUCUGGGCGACGUGCCCACUUUGACGGAGCUGGCUGAUAAUGUGGAGAUUAUUUUUUUAAACGUGCAUCCGAUUUGGGACUCUAACCGGCCAGUGCCGCCCAAUCUUAUUUACUUGGGUGGGCUACAUUUGCAGAAGGAGAAGGCCUUGCCAACGGAUUUAAAAAGCCAACUUGAUGCAUCAGAGAACGCAAUUUACCUAAGUUUUGGAAGUACAAUAACGUCACCGGUACUCAGCGAGGAGAAAAUCGAAAUGUUUUUGCGGGUACUUUCAAAACUACCCUACACAAUUUUCUGGAAGUGGGACGCGGACGUACCGACUGUUCCCGACAACGUCAUAGUUAGAAAAUGGUAUCCGCAGGCGGAUUUAUUAAAACACCCGAACAUAAAGCUGUUCAUAACGCAAGGUGGUCUCCAAUCUAUAGACGAGGCGAUCGACGCUGGAGUCCCAAUGGUGGGAAUCCCGAUAAUCUGGGACCAAUGGUACAACGUGGACAAGAUCGUGGAACUGGAGAUCGGAGUCAUGUGCAACAUACGAAGUGUCACGGAGGACGAAUUUGCAACCGCCAUAGAGACGGUUAUCAACGAUACGAGAUACAGAAGAAAUGUUGAAAAACUUCGUGCUUUAAUCAACGACCAACCGCAGACUUCGCUAGAGAGAGCGGUAUGGUGGAUAGAACACGUCAUGAGACAUAAAGGCGCGAAAUAUUUGAAGUCUCCCGCGCAUAACAUGAGCGUCAUAGACUAUUUCGAAACGAAGUAA